AUGUCAGACUCCGGAGAAGUUGCACAACCUGCUGCGAACAAGCGGCCCCAUGCUGAUGUCGAUGCUGAGAACAGUGAUGACUCUUCCGACGAUGAUUUCGGCCCGGCGCUGCCCUCAGAAGUCGCUCCUAAGAAGAAGCGCAGAAAGCUCCCCUUUGAAAAGGUCUACGUGAAUGCGCUACCGGCCUCGGCGCGAUACUCCAAGUCGCUGAUGCACAAGGAUCAAUUGUCUUUUGUGACCGUUGCGCCCUACACGGACUUUGUGAUCACCAGCUCUGUGGAUGGAGUUGUCAAAUUUUGGAAGAAGAUGGCCGAAGGUAUCGAGUUUGUGAAGGAGUUCAUUGCUCACCCAGGUGAGAUCCGAAGUGUAACUGUCAGUGCCGACGGCCGCAGCUUUGCGACUGCCGGAGUGGACAAGACAGUUAAGAUCUUUGAUGUCAUUACAUUCGAUCUCUUGGCCAUGUAUACCCUGGAAUUCAUGCCCCGUUGUGUCUGCUGGGUGCACCAGCGCGGGGCAUCUCUCCCCCUUCUUGCCGUGACAGACGAAUCAAGCAAUACAGUGCAGGUAUUUGACGGACGUGGCGAGAAUCCUACCCCGUUGCACACCGUGAAAUCCAUCCACCGCAGCCCAGUAGUGUCAAUAGCAUUCAACAACGCCUUUGACUGUGUCGUUUCAGCCGAUGAAUCAGGAAUGAUCGAGUACUGGCGCGCAGGAGAUGGCUCUUUUGAGAAGCCCGACAAUGUUUUCGAGCUCAAGUCCUCAACCAACCUCUUCGCCUUCAAAAAAGCCAAAUCCGUCCCAGCAGCCAUUACAAUCUCCCCAUCAGGCGAACAUUUGGCAACAGUCUCUUUCCCCGACCGCCAGGUGCGAGUUUUCGACUUUGCAACCGGCAAGCUAUACCGUACAUACGACGAAUCAAUAACGACAAUCACGGAAAUGCAGCAAGCCGGAACAGCACCAUACCCUCUCGAUGAGAUCGAAUUUGGCCGACGUCUCGGUGUCGAACGUGAAAUCGAAUCUGACGCAACCCGCCAUAAGGUCAACGUUUCCUUCGACGAAUCAGGCCACUUCCUCCUUUAUGGCUCGCUCUACGGAAUCAAAUGCAUAAAUACCUACACAAAUCGCGUAGUCCGCGUCUACGGUCGAGACGAACCCUUCCGCUCCCUGAACCUGGCACUCUAUCAAGGCCAACCCCAACGAAAGGGCGUGGUAACAGUCUCAAUGGCAGCCAGCAGCAAUCCCCUCCUCCAAGAAGCCGAAGAACGUGACCCAAUCCUAAUAAGCACGGGAUUCGCCAAGGUCCGCUUCUACAUGUUCACUAAUGACACAGAGAUUUCAAAGGGAACGCGAGACGUGCAAAACGAAAAGCCAACCCAAUCGGCUGGCGACACAGGCGCAGCCAUGACCAAGUCCGCAGAAACCGGAACAGCAGCAGUCCUGCACACAACCAUGGGCGAUAUCCACCUCCGUCUCUACCCCUCUGCCGCACCAAAAGCUGUCGAGAACUUCGUCACCCAUGCUCGCCAGGGCUACUACAACAAUACCAUCUUCCACCGUGUGAUCCGCAAAUUCAUGAUACAGGGUGGAGACCCGCAGGGCGAUGGCACAGGCGGCGAGUCGAUCUGGGGCGGGGAGUUUGCGGACGAGUUCUCCGUUCUCAAGCAUGACAAGGCUUAUACAUUAUCGAUGGCGAAUGCCGGACCGAAUACCAAUGGUAGUCAGUUCUUUAUUACGACGGAGAAGACGCCGUGGUUGGAUAAUAAGCAUACUGUCUUUGGGCGGGCUGUGCAGGGUCUUGAUAUUGUGCAUAAGAUUGAGAAUGUCAAGACGCACAAGGAGAAGCCGGAGGUUGACAUUAAGAUUGUUAGCAUUAGUGUUUCUUGA